AUGGCGGAGAACAUUGCUUUUAGGGGCAAAUCCACAGAUGACCCUAACAAGCAUAUCACUAAGUUCAUUCAGAUUUGCAACACAACAAAGAUGAAUGGAGUGACAGAUGAACAGGUUCGACUAAGGCUGUUUCCUUUCUCUUUAGAGGAUUCUGCAAAGGACUGGUUAGAGAGUUUGGAGCCAGGAUCAAUUAGAACAUGGGAUGCUAUGGUGGAAAAAUUCUUGGAGAAAUUCUAUCCCCCUAGUGAAGCUAUAAAGAGGCAACACGAGAUCAUUGCCUUUCAGAUGACUCCUGCAGAGAAUAUCAGAGACUCAUGGGGGAGGUUUAAAUCUUUGAUGAAACGGUGUCCCAACCAUGGGUUAACCCCGACAGUUCAAGUCAUUACAUUUUUCAAGGGAUGCGUGCCUGAAGCACAACGUGAGUUGAACUUGAACUCAGGCGGUAAUUUUCUCACAAAAGGAGUGAGUGAAGCCAUGGAAGUGAUUGAGGAGCUCGUAUCUAAUGACGAAGGAUGGAGCAACGAAAGGAGUAAGGUGCAUAGGGUGGCUUCUACUACAGAUCAUGAUCCUAUGAGUGCCCUAUCCGACAAGUUGGAUGCGUUGACCAUGAAAUUUGAUUGCAUGAUAAUGGGAAAACCGUGUCAAGAGCCCCAAGGAAGUAUGGAGGACGUGAACUAUGUGAAUCAAGGGGGCAACAACAGGUACUACAAUAAUCCAGGCCCCAACUUUCAUGGUGGAGGAUAUAAUCAGUACGGGAACACGGGGCAUCCCAAUCUCUCAUAUGGGAACCCCAAUAAUGCUCUGCAACCACCCCCAGGGUUCACAGUUACAGAUGGAGUGAUUAAUGAUCCAAAGAAGAUGACCACAGAAGACAUACUCAAGUCUUUCAUGCUACAGACCAACAAGCUCAUAGAGCAGAACAAUCAAAGGAUGGAGAAGGUUGAGACAGAUGUGCAAGGUAUGUCCACCCAUUUGAAGAACAUUGACAUACAGAUAAGCCAGAUUUCCCAGACUGUGAGUACUAUUACUCAACCAGGAAAAUUCCCUUCUACCACCAUCAUCAAUCCCAAGGACUGCAAAGCUAUACAUAUGAGGAGUGGAACAAGCUAUGAGGGACCUUCAAUGCCAUCCGAGAAUGAGGGUAGAGUAGCAGAAAAGAGAGCUGAAGAGGAGGAAUUGGUCGAAGAAAAUGAGACUGUGCAGAUUUCUACUCCACCUAAGGAGAAAAUGGCUACACAUUCACCUACACCACCUACAGCUCAUACUCCAGCUGAAGUGAGGAUCCCUUAUCCUCAACGUGUUCAUAAGAAGAAGACAGAUGCUGAGUUUUCAAGGUUCUUAGAUAUCUUUAGGAAGAUUAACUUGAAUAUCCCAUUGGUGGAGGCACUUCAAGAAAUGCCUACAUAUGCAAAGUUCCUAAAAGAUGUGCUCUCCAAGAAGAAGAGGUGGACUAACUAUGAGACGGUGAAUAUAUCUGAAAACUGUAUUGCCAUAAUUCAGAAAAAGCUAUCGGCCAAGCUUAAAGAUCCUGGCAGUUUCAACAUCUCAUGCGUCAUUGGAAAUGACAGACAGACAAAGGCACUUUGUGAUCUGGGGGCGAGCAUAAAUUUGAUGCCAUUAUCGUUUUUCAGAAAGAUGAAGAUCGGCACUCUCAAGCCGACAACAAUCACACUGCAGAUGACAGAUAGAACCGUCACCUAUCCUAAAGGAAUUGUUGAGGACGUUCUUGUGAUGGUACACGACUUCAUAUUUCCCGUCAAUUUUGUAGUGUUGGAUAUGGAAGAAGACGUGAAUGUACCGCUUAUCCUGGGGCGUCCAUUCCUUGCAAUGGGAAAAGCAUUGAUAGAUAUAGCAAAAGGAGAGCUCACUCUUCAUAUGGGCAACAAACGCCACAUCUUAUCUAUCUACAAUGCUAUGAAGAGUCGUGAGGAAGAGGAACUUGUUAUGAAGAAUGAGUGCAAAGUUGUGCAUGUUGUAGAGGUCCAAAAGGCACAAGAAAUGGAGUCCACAUUUGGGGAUUUUUCUUUGCCGCAAUGGAUGUUUGGUUCAUGUGGUGGAUCAAGUUCUAAAGAAGAGACUGCAUUAAAUCCUAAAGUGAAAGAGAAGAAAACAAAAGCUGAAAAUUCACCCAAAGUGGAAACCAAAAUUUCUGAUGGAGCUCUGAAAAAUACUUGGUGGAAGAAGAGAUUGGCCAGAUCAUAUGCUUCCAAGAUUGACAGAAAGUCUAACAUCACCAGUUAUGGCGUGACAUGA